GCCGAGCGGCAGUACCGCGCCGCCGGCCGGCUCGCACGCACGUAUUCGGGCUCUUUGUCGGUCGCGCCAGCGUCGUGCACAUGUUGUGUGAAUUUUCGGCAUGCCGAUGUCGUCGUGAAUUGUAGCAAAAUGGACUUUCAGAGUGCGAUGGAAACCUUCGCUGAAGCAUGGGCUGCGGCCAACACCGUCAAGUCGGAGGUCCCGAGUGAUUUGUCACAGAACUAUUCUUCUGAGCUGCGUCGAAGCAAGACGCCUCCCCGCCGGUCGCCGGAGGAGAGGGCCGUACCUCGGCCGCCGUCCGCGCCGGUCCACCACGAGAGGGCGCCUCACACGCCGCACCUCUCGCCGAAGAAGGAGGCCUUCAACAACCUCCUCAAUAAAGGCAUCACCGGCAAGACGCUUCCAGUCCACUGCGUUGUGGAGGCAGUGUCGUCCGUUGAAGAAGGGGCUUGGCGUCGAAGAGCUGCGGUGGAGACUGACAGCUACGUCAUCAUACCAUCAGCUACUGCCUUCCACGACCUGGUCCCUGCUGCCAUGAUGAGGCUCGGCUACCCUCAAGAGUUGGCCGCUGCUGCUAAAGGUUCAGUGGUCAUCAACAACUGGAAGCCAUUGCCUUUCGAAAGGAUCUCCGACGGGCCUCUAGCCACAGUUGGAGAGGUGCUUGGUGAACUGACGACUGUUGCCACCCUUCGCAUUCAGCUGCUAAGACCUAGACCUACCCCCCUCCAGGACAUCAAGGACAAACUCCUGAGACUCCUGCUGGUCCAGAGCAGACCCCUCCUGAUGUCUACUGGAUGCCCGUUAGAUGAGAUGACAUUGGCUCAAAUUUGUAGAGGGCAGGAUAGGACACCUGGACCUCAUAAUUUUCACGAGCCCUCGGAAGAGAUGCGUCGCAAGUUCGAGUCUUGGUGGAGUGCGCAGGUGUCCCCACGGCCGCCCCCGUUCAGUCCUCGGCGAUACCCUUCUCCUGGUCCCAAAAAUCGUUCGCCGACACUGAAUUCUAUCCCAGAUCACUUACACCCAGCACUACAAACAGUUCAAAGCCAAUAUCCUACACAGAAGACAAGAAUGCGAACAAGUUUCGAUCCAGAACUAGAAUUGCCAAAGCUGCAACGAUGGUUUUCCGAAAACCAGCACCCAAGCCGCCAACAGAUUCAGCAAUAUGUCCGAGAAUUGAAUAAUUUAGAAUCGAGACGUGGCCGAAAGCCACUCGAUGUUAACAAUGUUGUGUACUGGUUUAAAAAUGCACGCGCUGCUCAAAAACGUGCUGAACUUCGAAAUAUUGGAGGCUUGGGUUGCCACCUUGGAGUCAACGGUUUCAACAGUAGAAGCCACAGCCCUACUAAUGGCUCUUUGAUGACAGGCAACGACAGCUACGCCUCCCAUGAUCAGAACUCAAUGAAAAGUCCCAUGCAAAUGUCAGGCAGCCCUGGAAGGUACCCAAUGUCCGUGAUGUCUGAGGAUAAUUUAUCAAAUGGAGGAUCAGAUCUUGAAGAAGAUGUUGGCGACCUAAAUCCUGAUGAUAGGCCGGAGAGUCCUGAUGCACCUCUUUCUUUAAUAACAACGAAGAAGAAUAAUGACGCUGAUGACAUGCCCCAAGAGUCACCCAAACCACCUGAUAUAAUCAAGGUACACGACAUCAAGCAAGAGCCAAAGGAUUUGAGUAAGCCUGAGCAGACUCACAACUCUCCACAACGAUCUCCAGCAAAGAAUAGUGAUAGCUCCCACAAUAACAAUAAUAACAAUAUAGAAGAAGAAAACGGGAACGUGGAUGAUCACGAUGUGUCUGACGAUGAAGUUGUGCAAGAGCGGCAUUACAGACCUACGUCACCUCAUCUGGACCGCUUACCGUUCCCUAUGGUGCCAAAUCAUCCAAUGUUUGGACAUGGAAUCAUGUACAUGAGCCAAUACAUGAGUGGGUUCCCUGGUGUUGGCGCGGUUCCGGGAGAAGGCGCUAGUGGCCUGAACCUGGCUCUGGCUGGAGCAUCAGACGAGCGUCGUAAGCGCAACCGCACCUUCAUCGACCCAGUCUCCGAAGUGCCAGUCCUGGAACAGUGGUUCUCGAUGAACACACACCCUUCUCAUAACCUGAUACUCAAGUACACUGAGGAGCUUAACAGGAUGCCGUACAGGCAAAAGUUUCCCCGACUCGAGUCAAAAAACGUGCAAUUCUGGUUCAAGAAUCGGAGGGCGAAGUGCAAGCGACUGAAGAUGUCCCUGUAUGAGCCUUCUUCUCCAUCGCACUAUUCCCACCCUGGGCACCCGCAUAUCACAGAUCGCAAACUGGUGUGAAGUGUGCAAUAAGUAGUGAAAUUUCAGCCACGUCAGAUAAUUAAAACGAAAGACUGAAUCCGAAUCGUUUAAUGGUGUACAGUGCCAUGUUAGUAUUAAUAUCAGGGCGGUGUCGUAAUCAUCACAGUUAAAGGAGUAAAGUAUGAAAUUGCUGUUUUUUUUUUCAAUAAUUACAUUGUUCGUUAUACGAUAGCAAUGUCCAUUAUUCUUUUUUUUAUUUUAAAUGACUUUUUUUCUAGAAUCAUAGUCAAAUCAUCAAUAUCUUUUUAGAAGUAUGAAUUUUCAUUUUUUUUUUCUAUUUGUAUCCUGCAGCUUAAAGUCUCAAUCUAUCUACAAAAUUUCAUAAAAUUCCGAUUUGUAGUUCUCUAAAUAUUCGCAAAAAUGUUUGUAUGGAAAAAUUAAUUUUCGUUAAAUUCUCCAUACAAAACGGCAAUUUCAUACUUUAACACCGAUAUUAGAGCGGUAUCGUAUCACAGUUCGUAUUAUUCAAUGAACUCUUUAGUACUUUAAGUACAGUCAAGUUUUUGCUUUAGGUAGGGACUCCAAAGCAGCUCUUUUAAGAUUACAUUUUAAAUAUUCGUGUUUAUGUACAUGUAAAAAACUUGUCACAAUUGAGAAUGAAUCUCAUAUGUACUCCGUAUGUAAAUAAUAAGGAUUAUGACUCAAUUUUUAUUUAUUUAAUAAAUAAUGUAGUUGUAAAAUAACUGUUAUUCCUUAGGUACGUAAUUUUGAAUGGAUACUCAAAUAAAGUUCCACUUAAAUUAUCCUUAGACGUAGUUCAUUAGUUGAGGUUAAUAUUAGAAUCGUAUUCAAUGUUAUAUUAAAUUGUAAAUUUUUUGUGUAAUUAAGUCAUAUUAUAGUGAUAGUACUGAUAUUAUUGCACAUAAUUAGAACAUCAAAAUUUCUAAUAGAUAAUGGUUACUCGACCGAUUUAGUUCGAUUCAUAAUUGAUAGAUUGAUUACGCACAUUCCUUGUUUCGCUUUAUGUUUAGUAAUACUUCCUCAAUCCAAAGAUUGGUUAGUGUUAUAUAGUAAUCAUGUAAGAUAUGUAUAACAGACCGCUCACAAUAUUAUUUGUUAGGAUACUGUCUUUACGAAUGAUCUUUGGAUAAGUUGUUAUUGUGUGAACACACGAAAAUAGUGAUAUCAUCGUACUAUAGUCGAUUAUAGUCGUACUGUUGAUUUGUUAAAAAGAUAUUUUUUUCUAUUGAUACUACACACAAGGAGUAAAUCGCAUUAUUGAUUUAUGGUCGAUAUAAAUUCGAUAUAGAGUCGAUUUGUUUUAAAGAUCUUUGAAUCCGAAUCACUUUGCAAUUUCUUCGUGUGUGUCAGCUCAGUAAAAGUUCAUCUGAUAACUCGAAUAAAAAUAAUCUUUUAGUUAAUUUUAAUCAUUGGUUAUAAAUUUAAUUG